GCAUAUCCUAUAUCUGAAGGGGCAAAACUGUAAUUAACCCUGUAAUUCCUCUGUAAAAACUAAACUUGCAAGAAAAAAGGAACCAAUAAACAAAUUAGUUAUAGUAAUUAAUAAUGUCAACAAAACACUGUCUUCUUCUUCUUCUUCUUCAUCUUCUAGCCAUUAUUGUGUUAACUGUGUCGGCAUUUCCAUUGGAGAGAGAGAAAUCUUUAGCGAUAAUAAGGGAGAUUAACAGAAGAGGCCCUUAUCUUGCUCUAAUUACAGUUUUCCCCACUGAAGAAUAUGCUUUCUUUUCUUCCGAUCCUUUCAUUAACGACUCCAAAUUUCCUUAUGUCGAUCUUUCAGGCAGGCGAUUUCGAGUGGGGAUGGUAGAGGACAAGAAAGUCAUUUAUGUGAGAUGUGGGGUUGGAAUGGUGAAUGCUGCAAGUGCAACACAACAAAUGGUGGAUAUAUUCAACAUAAAAGGAGUGAUACACUUUGGAAUAUCUGGAAAUACAAACAGUUCAUUGUGCAUUGGAGAUGUUACCAUUCCUAAGGAAUUUGCCAACACUGGCUUGUGGGAUUGGCUGAAAUCGAACGAGACAAUCCCAGAAAACGACGUUGCGGUACUAAAUAUCGAAAACUAUAAUGUACCGAACGGAGGGUAUAACUCGUUAGGGAGGAUCGGGUAUAGGGCGGAGCAGUUUUACUCGGAGGGAGGAGAGCCUAAUUCUGCUCAACUUAUGCUGUGGUUUCAUGUCACCAACAAUUGGCUUCAAUUAGCUACCACACUCCAGGGGAUGAAAUUGGAACGAUGUGUGAACUCAAGCCUGUGCCUUGAUACAGACCCGAAAGUUGUAAUUGGGCUGAGAGGGUCAACGGCCAACACAUUCGUCGACAAUGCUUCUUACAGAAAUUUCCUUUUCCUAAAUUUCGGGGUUUCGUCUGCUGAUAUGGAGAGUUCUGCAGUACUAAUGACUAGUUUAUCGAACGGGUACCCGGCGAUUAUUUUUCGCGGUUUAUCUGACUUAGCCGGAGGGCAAAAUGGUCAUAACACCGUUAGAUUGUUUGGGUCUCUUGCUGCUUCAAAUGUUGCAAAAGUAGUCCUUCAAUUCAUCAAGUUGCUACCAAAUGAGGAUCAUUUCCAGUUUUAGCCUUUGAUAUUUAUUCCCUUCUUUAUUUUAUACGACAUUGAUUGAAGUACACCGAGUAUAUCAUUAAUUUUCGUUCACGCAUGAAUUACGCUGCGCAAAUGAGAGUAGAUAUCAGUCCGAAUUU